AUGAUGGGAAAUGUAGUUUUGAGUGUGCGCAUGCGCAGUUGAUCGUUCGUUUGUUUCGGUCAGGACUUCGUCUUCAUUUCGUGCAUUAUGUCGCGCUUCGGGCGACACGGAGGCGGUGAGUGUAAGAGACCGUGAGCAUUGAACACAGCUGACGCAGAGUGCUUCAUCUCGAGGAGUAGCUGAGGCUGGCUGGCUCUUGAGGAGCUUUAAUGUGUUUAGUUCGAGCUGCUAGCUGUGAUGGCGCCCUCGCGCGCUGUCAACACUGGCUAAUAAUCCGUUUACAUGCACAUUAUUUGUGUUUGUGCUUUGAAACGAAGGUGUACGUGGGUAACCUGGGCACCGGGGCCGGGAAGGGUGAGCUGGAGCGGGCGUUCGGGUGUUACGGGCCGCUGAGGACGGUGUGGAUCGCUCGCAACCCGCCGGGAUUCGCCUUCGUGGAGUUUGAAGAUCCCAGAGACGCUGAGGACGCCGUCAGGGGCCUCGAUGCCAAGGUGAUCUGCGGCUCUCGCGUGCGCGUCGAACUCUCCACCGGAAUGCCGCGGCGUUCCCGCUUUGACCGUCCACCGACCCGGCGUCCCUUCGACCCCAGCGACCGCUGCUACGAGUGCGGCGAGAAGGGCCACUACGCUUACGACUGCCACCGCUACGGCCGGCGGCGCUGGAGCAGGUCUCGCUCUCGCUCUCGCUCUCGGUCCAGAGGGAGGAGAUACGGGCGCUCUCGCAGCCACAGCAGAGGGAGGAGAUCCAGAUCUUUCUCUCCUCGUCGUUCUCGCUCUGGUUCUCCCAGACGCUCCAGAUCUGUGACGCCCAAACGCUCCAGGUCCAGGUCUCGCUCUCGCUCGCGGUCCGGCUCGGCUCCCAGGAGCAGAUCUGGUUCAGCCAGGAGAUCCAAAUCCGGCUCUGCGGCUAGGAGCCGAUCUGCGUCUCGAAGCCCCGCGAGAAGUGAGAGUCCAGAGCGAGACGACUGACGCUCUUCUCAAGAACCUCAGUUUCUCAUCAGACGUUUACUGCAGUACGUAUAAAGAUGUGCGUUUGAUUGUAAGGAAGCUCCAGAGAGGAGCGGAAAAUAUUUUGAGUUGAUUUUUCUGUAGCUGAAGAGAGUGUGUGUGCUUUUGUACCUGUUUUGUUGUGUAGCACACACACACACACACACACACACUGGUUGGGGUUUUGUAUGUGUGUAUUAAAUGAAGUGAAAAAACCACUUCCCGUCUGAGAGAUUUCUUCACGCUGUUCCAGCAGGUGGCGCUGUGGUUCAGUACUCUAGAGAGCGCUCUGGAGCCGUUACACAGUCUGUGUGUCUCUCUGUCCUCUGCUCUGUUUCUCAAGCGUCUUUAGCAGCCUGAGAUAUCCCACAAUCCUGUUUGUUCUGGAUCAGAGAUUCACAAACUUUUUCAUCCUUCGAACCUCUUUGAGCUUCAGUGUGUCGUGUCCUUGACGUCCAUAGGAGAUUUUUUAAGUUUGCAUUAUUUAAAUAUUAA